UGCGGCAACGCCACCUGAACGCGUUUCUUUCUUUUUUCCACUUGUCUGUCACUUGUCUCUUUCUAGCUUGUUGUUGCACACAGAGGAAUAAAAUCAAAAGUAUGUUGUUAUUGGUUGUUGUGCGUAUAAUAAAUUAUUAAAAAAUAAAUGUGUGCUGGGCAGAAACGCGCACAUUUUUUCAGCAAUGAUUCUUCUGCGUUCGUCUCAACGAAAACACAAUACUGGCGAGGCCUGACAUAUGUACCUAUCUACCUGUCUACUUCGCGCACGUGGGGUUGUAUCUAUCGCCCGAACGUAAAAUGAUCCGGAGCGGCAUGUUCCACAAGAUUGUCACUGUAUUCGCGGUGAUGCUCGAAAUCUCGGCUACCAAACACUGGUACGUCACGGAACAUGGAAAGAUUCAACCGCAGCAUGACAGCGUCUUCGACAUGCGCAGACCUCACGAUCUCCUGGCGUUCCUGGAACAAGAGAAACGCCUGGAAACCGCCAAUGCGAUAUAUAAGAAGAUUACAAGAAAGGAGGUGUCGAUUGACAAUCAGUUUGUGGGCUUGGGUAUGGCCGAUGUGGAAAGUUCAAAUUCUGAAUGCUUUUUGUGGGAAAAAUCAUUGACGGAUGUUGAUGUUCAUGCUAGUAUAGUGGUGGAUUAUAGAUUCAGAGAUGAAAUAAAUCAAAACGAUUACAUGCUGUACAAUGUUGCAGCCAACAGUAAACAAAUGGAUCCGGAUUGUCAAAAGACAUUUUCAUUAGAUUUUAGUAUAUACACGUUUGAACAUCUUAAAGCAAUGCAAAAUCGGAAGAAUCUUACGCAACACGAAGAACUCGGAUUAAUGAAGUAUUUGUCACUGGGUACUGAUCUGAAUCAGUUUGGCCAUCAGCUGGCCUACAGCUUAUCUCGCAACAAGACCUCAUGGAUAUAUUUAAAUCUGGCGGCAAUUUAUUGGCGGAUUAAGGGCAACGCUUACAAUGCUUUAGAGUGCAGUCGCAGAGCAAUCGUGUCCGCUCCAAGGCAAUUUCGUGAUAUUCCUCUUCUGACUACCGCCGGCAUUUUACACGCUGCGAAAUAUUCUGGCGAAGCCGCAAUUAUUUUGCACACGGCGAUAGAUUAUAAUCCGACAGAGAGCUAUCAUCAUCUGGCGCUGGGUCACAUCUACACGUCUCUUGGCGACUUCGAUCGGUCUGCGGCGUGCUACGAGAAUUGUUUGAAGUUGUCGCCCCAUACCAUAGAGGCCAAGCAAAUGAAAUAUGCGAUAUUGUGUCACCGACUAUUGGAAACGACUUUGUUGCUGUUCGAUCAACGUUUGCGAAACGUUUUGUCGGAGAUACAUGCGUAUCACGACUGGAAAGAAGAGUGGAUCAAACUCUACGAGCACAUGCUUUGGGAGCAAAAUAUUAAGUCUACAACGAGGGAGAUCAAACUCGCUUUUGCGCGAGAACAGAAUCUACAUUUGUACGCGAUAAAUCCAAUCGAAAAGUCGAUUCAUCAUAUGGAUAACAACGUUUUACUGUCCUACAUGGAUUUAGGAGAUAAGAAAAAGAUAGCCGAGAACAUGCUGCAAAAUGUGCACCUCAGUCUGCAUUUGUUGAGAACUCUGCAGAAACAGGUGAAAGAGCACAACAAUCAUGUCAACAGAGACAUGAUGACGGAAUUCAACGUAGAAUACAAUCAUUUAUUCGCAUUGCCAACGAAGAGGCCAAAGUAUCACAAUGUAGAAAUCAAAAAAGGAAACGAAGACUUCGAGGCUGAUGAUUGGCCAAAGAUAUCAGACUGUGAUGGUUCUAUGUUAAUAUUCGGGGAUGGAAAGCAAUAUUUACCUAUUUACUUGCCUCCCGAAAACAAGGGUUACGCAACACAUUUGUUUAUAAAUGAGCUGAUCGAUAUAGAACCGUGGAAGAAACAUCCGUUACCAUGGCGUCCACCGACGUGCCAAUCACCCAAUUCGUUUGACGAAAAGUACAUCACGUACGCGUUAUUAGACGUGGCUGGGCAGCAACAUUCGUCGGAUGCUUCUCUGAAACCGUUUUUGCACAAUUUAGUUCAAAAUGUAGAUCUCGCGGAAAUUGGUCAGAGAAUUUUGACAGCAAUUGAGACGAAAGUAGCUGCCCCGUGGGUGUUGUCCAUGCUUGCGUCUUUGCAUUGGAGAAUAACGGGGAAACCUCGUUCAGCCUUGGACUGUCUUCAAUUAGCAUUGGAUAAUGUUCCUAAAGAAUUCAAAGAUGUACCUUUAGUUAGCAUAGCUUCGAUUCAUCAUAAAAUGGACUUGAUCGAUGACGCUUUAAGGAUUACGGACGAGGCAUUGCAAAUUAAUGCUGUGGAGCCAAUGACCAAUUUUUUAUUCGGUAUGUUAUUGAACGUAAAAGGAAAUUGCACGGGAGCUGUGCAUUACUUAAAACAAGCCUUAAGAGUAGAUUCGCAAUUAUAUGACGGUAAAGCGUUAAUGUUUCUAAAAACACUGGCCUGUCGCGAGAAAUUUAAUGUCGUCACGGGUAAUUAUCCAGGCUGUGAAGAACAAGGAAUUAAUUUAAACAAACAUUCUCUGAGUCUGCCUUCUAUAUUACUUACCAAGUACAAUUUCAAGCAAGCAGCGAGCGAUGCAUUUUUGUACAAACGACAAGAACAAGGCAAGAAUUGCAAACGUGUCAACUACGCCUCAACAGAAUCAGAAGAAGAAACAGAGGAAAACUGCCGGAGUAACCGCAAAGUCGGGUUAUUGGACGUGUUGUACUAUAAUAAGAAAGAAAAUACGCGUCAAGGUCUUAUAGAUUCCCUUCUAGUUCCUAAUAGCGCAACUGAGCUACACAAUCCGCAUGUAGAUACAAGUAGAAUUCAAGAUGACAUUUUUCACGUAAACGUGCUGACCAAUCAGUACAAGCAAUCCAAAGUAGUUAACGUGGAUAACUUUUACGCCUUUAUAACAAAUUUCAUGCUGCACGUGUACACCGAGUGGACUUUCGGCAAGACGUCUGUUAAUCAAAAAGAUUCUUAUUAUCCGAACAAGGACGAGUGCGACGAGCUCAAGUACGAAGACUGGGCCGCUUCUCUGUUCGUGUUUCACAAGUUUACACGACGGAACAUGUCGAUCGAGGAUGAGAUCGAGACAUCGAACGAUGACAUUCCGAAUUUACAACCGACCUGCGACAAGGACAGUUCUGACAUGAAUCGCGUAACCGAGGUGGUGCAAUUUUCUGAAUCAUUGCAGCACAAAGUCGAACUUAAUAUGGCCGAAUGGUUGAUCAUGAUAACCGGAACGCAGAACGACACACUGCAAGGUCUUGGGACCAAAAUUGCGUUUGCUUUGCAAAAGCAUUACGCUUCUUGGACCUUGGCGAUAGCCGCGUCGAUUUACUGGCGCGUAAUAGGCGACAGUCGCAAAGCGCUGGAUUGCGUGUGGCAAAGUCUGGAAAACACUCCCAAGGAUAUGCAGGACAUACUUCUUGUAAAUCUGGCGUCUUUGCUAAGUUCGCACAAUUACAUUCACGAGGCGCUCGAGGUUGCUCAGAUUGCGUUGUCGAUCGGUCCGGAUUUUAUAAUAAAUCAUUACGUUCUCGCUAAUCUUCACGCUGCUUUGGGAGAUUUCGAGGCUGCUGCGAGAUUUUACAUGUCCUCGCUCAAGCUCGAUCCGAAUUUUGAGCCAGCCAUCACGAGGUUGCGAGUGAUAUUGUGCUUUUUGCUGUUCGAUGAUAAAAAAUUUGCUAUGAGCGAAAUAAUGCAAAAUAUUUUGUGAAAAAAAUAUGCGGUUUCAAAAAAAAGUUGACAGAUUUUAGCAACAAAUUUUUAAAAGUGCCUUUUUAUAUUUCCAAACACAUAAAAUUGUGAAACGAAAAGAAUUAUAUUGUUGAAAACAAAUGGGGAAAAAGUUACGAUAGAUAUAUUUAUAUAAAAAAAAAAAAAUCUGUGAUCUUUAUAUAAAGUUGGAAGAAAUGAAUCGCAUCUAUACUUGUUACAUUUUUACGACGUAGAAUUGCGACGAGAUCUCCAAGUUGAUCGUUACACCAAAUGUAACAAAUACGAGCACAUUAUAUCUGUUUAGAGAUGUUUAUUUAUUUAUUUAUCAAUACUGUGUUUUCGUCGAUGUGACAAUUUCUUGUUUCGUCGUAAAGCAAUGUUACUAGAUUGUGAAAAGCGCAAGUUGAAUAAAAAUGUACUUUGCAACGUU